AUCCAAUCCAGUUGGUAGCGUCUGCAAUUUUGAAUGUGCCUUAUCUACAGCAAGACUACAGGAAUCGCACAAUGAUGUCUAGCUGGAACAUUGGUGAUUCUUUCGGACUUAUAAAAGCUCUCGGUUGAUAAACUCGACACUGCUCACGUGGAAUGAUAAGCAGCCCAUUGGUCAUUUUAUUCGCCUUGCAAAAUCUUUGCAGUGGGGCUCCUCUUUUCUUGCAUUCAUUAUUCAUAUCCGGCUCUCCAUCAUAAAAGCACACGCCAGAUAGCUAGCUGGGACAGAGAAGGAAAGAUGCUAUCCCUCGCUAGCACCAGCCCGAACGAAGCUCUGAGAUCGUCGGCGACAAUGGACAGCCAAGACGAAGUCGUGCGUACACCGGACGUGGAUAACGGAGGAAUGAUGAAGGAUGCAACUGUCACUCGACCACCUAACGAUGCCGGAUUGAAAGGUCUCUUUUCGAAAGCUAUCGACCAAAUGAAAGACGAGGAGGAAGACGAGACUGAGCUGGAUAAUCGAAGUAUAUUGAAGGACACAACCACUGCCAAGAAGACGAAGGAAGCCAGUUUGAAAGGUUUCUUUUCAAAAGCAAUAAAGCAAAAGCGCGACGACGUCGACGACGAAGACGCCACUGUAGUGAGCAUGCUCAGUUUUGCCAACAAGGUUGCCUCCAUGGCGGGGCUUCAACGACAGAAGGACAAGAAGGACAAGAAGAGGCAACAGAAAGAAGAAGACGAUGCUUCAGAAACUCCCACCAGUCCUAAACCCACUAGAGUUGUUCCAAUAGCAGCAGAUGAAGGGGGUCUAGAUGAUUCAGCAAACCAUUCAGUAUACUAUGACUUUGUGGUAUGCUCUCACAACCAGAUCUCAAAGUCUGAUUCCACCAAAAGUCUCAGCAGGACACACUCUGGAAGCACAUUGUCUAGUAGUGCUUCACCUGAUGAUCAAAAGACAAGUGUUCGACGGGGCAACAGUCAAACUAGAUCUUCAGCAAGACGCAAGACCCUGCGAUCCUCCAGGUUGGCCAAUGACAUGAGCCCGCGCCGCUCAACCAGGGACACGAAAGAAACUCUUAGGAACUCUACUGGUAGCAGGCGCUCCUCCAAGGCACGACGUGUCAAGUCCGAUGGAUUGUCCAGUUCCAAAUCCUCACCAGCUUUGGGAAGGAGUGGCCACGGCCACAAAAGAGUGUCCUCAGAUUCCACCAUGAAAAGGACCAAACGUCGAUCCAGAUCAUCCUUGACCUCUUUAUCCUCUGACAAGAAGAGGCUUCUUGAUGAUGAUGAUGAUCUGGAUAGCAAGAGAAACUGGGCUCCUGCAUCGGAGAAGAAAAGGAGCAGUCGCCGUUCUGGUAGCAGACCUGUUGGACUAGAUGAUUCAGGAAUGUCUGGCAGCCGUCGGCGUUCCUCCAAGAAGUCGCCAUCUCGCAAUCUUGGCCGAGCUGAAGAUGGGCGGCGAAGGUCCUCUCUGGCGGUCAAUAGAUACCAGGUUCAAGCUCAGCAGCUUGCAGCACAGCUUCUUCAAGAAGAGGACCAGGAGAAACCUGCUGACAAUGUAGAGGGCGAGGAGCCCGGGACCGGUAUCGUCAAUGAUGAGGUGGAUCCUGAAUUGGUGGAACCAUCCGUGGUCAAUGGGGAUGAUGCCGAGCCUGAAUUGGCGGGGAAAGCCGGUGAGAAGACAAAAAAGAAGAAGUCCAGCAAGAAGAAGAAGAAGAGAGGCAUUCCAAAGGGAUCAAGUGAUAAGGAUAUCUCCGAUUUGGGUGCUGCAAUAAAAAAGUCUUCAUCAGCCGCCGGCAUCAUUGGGCUCCUGAAAGGAAAAACAAAAACAAAUCAACCUGGGAAGGAUUCAUCUUCAAAGACGUCACUGAAACGCGCAAGUUCAUACAGUGAGUAGUAAGGUCGCUGACUUGACCAAGGACAAGAAUUAGACUAAUCUGAAACCAAGGAGUCAUUCGUUGAUUCUGUAGUCUUGGAGUAACAAAAGAAGCAAGUUAUAAUCGACCAGAGUAUUGGCAGAAUGCUUGAUAAUUAAUUGUAUGCGUAGUCUAGGUGCAUGUUUCAGUGCUUUCCCGCAGGAUUCUAGCAUGUCUCGGGCGGCGUUGGUUCACUGCAUGAUGUUAACCUUUGGCAACGAGACUCUUGUGGGUGAUAGAUCCUACAGCUACAUGUAGUACGGCGAGCAAACCGUGGUGUCCCCAUAAAACCCGCUAAAGGUGCAAAUCUAUCCUUGCUUCCUGGAGGACUCUCUGGCAGUGGUUGUGGAAUGAGCCAGGAUGCGAGCCGCCCGCAACAAAUUUCUUAGCUAGUGGACCGUGUACCAUUAUGUGAGGUACACCCAGGCUCAUCGGGCUAUCUGAUGGUGCUGCUGACUCUGACUCGACCACAAACCAACACAGCUCCAAGGCGUAACUAUGGUACUGUGCUGGUUGGCCAGAUACCGUGAUCGAGCCGCUACAUGACAAACUCGUACAUCCUACAUAACAACAUACCACCCUACGGUAGCUACGGUAGCUAGUAGCUAGAGC